GAGAACAAAGCGCCAAAAGCGGGGAUCGAAGAUCGUUAACAGUUUUACAGUUGUUGCGUUUACGUGUGUGUGUGGAAAACAUUGCUAAAACCAAAUUCGACUCAAACACAUAGACACACACACAGACACACUCCUCAGUCUAAACUCCACACACAGAGAGAGAGAGCAGAGCGGUGCAACACUGAAAUAACGGAAGAGGGGCCAAAGCCAAAGCUCAAGCCAAAGCCAAAGCCAGAGCGAAAGAGAAUCAAAGAAGUGCGUGGAGGAGCCGGAGCCGGAGUCGGAGUCGGAGAGCCCCCAUUGCCGUUUCGUUCUCGCUGCGUGUGGUUUUUAGUUGCGUUUUGUAAUUGUUACGCAUGCGCCAGAGCCAAGUGUUAAGGAAGUAGAAUUUCUUCUGGAGAGAGAUACAAAAUUGUGUUUUGUGUGUGUGCUCGUGUGCGUGUUCGCGUGAUAUCCUUCACCUAUAUAUCUGAACCGAUCCUGUGUAAUCGUGGCGAAGGAACUGAGCAACUUGCUAACGUUGAAAAGCAAUAAUCCCGAGAUGACACAACAGCCGCAAUGGGGCAUAAACCUAUCACGGUAUUUUAUAAUACCGCAACGUGUUAUAUUGGCCAUCAUGGGGUUUCUGGCGAUCCUCAACGCCUACACAAUGCGUGUGUGCCUCUCCCAGGCCAUCACAGUGCUGGUCAUAAAGAAGAACGUCACGGAUGAGGAUAGUGAUGUGGCCAUCUGCGAGCCGGAUGAGCUGGAUGAUGGCGUCAGCAGUGGCGGCGAAUACGAUUGGUCCGAGGAGCUGCAGGGCCUGAUCUUGUCCUCCUUCUACAUUGGUUACAUUGUCACGCACAUUCCUGGGGGUCUGCUGGCCGAGAAGUUUGGUGGCAAAUGGACCCUGGGCUUGGGAAUCCUCUCCACAGCCGCGUUCACUAUGCUCACACCUUUAGCUAUUCAGCAGGGAGGCUCCGACUGGCUAAUCGUUUCCCGUGUGCUAAUGGGUCUGGGGGAGGGCACAACCUUCCCCGCACUCAGUGUGCUCCUCGCUGCUUGGGUCCCCGCAAACGAACGUGGAAAAUUGGGUGCUUUGGUCUUGGGUGGCGGACAGGUGGGAACUAUCAUGGGUAAUAUGUUAUCGGGCGUCUUCCUGGAUUCAUACGAUUGGCCAUUUGUGUUCUACUUCUUUGGCGGCCUGGGUGUCGUUUGGUUCGUCAUCUUUGUUUUCCUCUGCUACAGCGAUCCCGCCAGCCAUCCUUUCAUCAAGCCCAGCGAAAAGGAGUAUCUUGCGAAGGAGAUCGGGACAAUUGGCCGAAACGAGAGCCUGCCCCCCACGCCCUGGAAGGCCAUCCUUACUAAUUUGCCCAUGUUUGCCCUGGUCUCUGCCCAGAUUGGCCACGACUGGGGCUUCUACAUCAUGGUGACGGAUCUGCCCAAGUACAUGGCCGAUGUGCUGCAGUUCUCAAUCAAGGCCAACGGCCUGUACUCUUCCCUGCCGUAUGUGAUGAUGUGGAUUGUGUCCGUGGGCAGCGGCUUCGUCGCCGAUUGGAUGAUCCGCAAGGGCAUCAUGAGCACGACAAAUACCCGGAAGGUGAUGACGGGUCUGGCCGCCUUUGGUCCUGCCAUCUUCAUGGUAUCCGCCUCGUACGCCGGCUGUGAUCGCGUCCUGGUUGUGAUCCUUUUCACCAUUUGCAUGGGCCUGAUGGGCGCCUACUACGCAGGUAUGAAGCUCAGUCCCUUGGACAUGAGUCCAAACUAUGCUGGCACCCUGAUGGCCAUUACAAACGGCAUUGGAGCGAUCACGGGCGUGAUAACGCCGUAUCUGGUGGGAGUGAUGACACCAAAUGCCUCGCUGCUCGAAUGGCGCACUGUGUUCUGGGUGGCCUUUGGCGUGCUGUGUGUCACCGCAGUUGUCUACUGCCUGUGGGCCUCGGGAGAGGUACAGCCGUUCAACAAUGCACCCAUUCAGCCCCGAUCCAUGGACUUUGAGGCCGAGGAGCGCAAGACCACAGCCUUCAAAGAACCCGAGUACAACGACAGCAGUACAGGAGUACAGAAGCGAAUGGAGCGAAGCUCCUAAAUCGGCAUCGCCUUCAGAAUGUGCCAUAUUGUACUCUAGUUCAAAAUGCUGUCCCCGUUCACGAGUCGAGGUUCCAUUUAUAUACAAUGUAGAUAUACGUAUACGCCCUUACUGCUGUUCAGAUAGCUAGUUUUAUAGUAUUUCCGAUCUGGCCGAGAUACCCGGCCCAGGGGGGCACAGGGCCACCAACUAAUUAACUUUAAGCAAAGAAUUUACUUACUCACCAAAAAAAGAAAGAAGAAAAAGAACGCGCAUGGCAGUGCGUACUUCUAUACAUAUGUACAAUAUUCCCGUUGUAGGUAGGAUAAUCCCUAAUUAAUACUGUCCUGUCCCCCGCUCAUGUCCCCGUACAUGCAACGUACUCUCUUAAUUAUUAUUUAGUAUUUAAUCGAAACCUGAAGCAGCAGCUGAACCCGAUUUCAACGUUUAAGAUUAGAUAGAGCAAGUGUAUACCGAGUUCGUAUUUCCGUACCGUGCUGUAAAACACCUUCCCUGAGUUUUAAAUUGUUGAUCAAUGUGUAACGCCAAAACGUGUUUUUAACAAACUCCGUUAAGACAUAACUGUUUUUAUGAUGUUAGCAAAAUAAAGUGCAUAAAGAAAAAAAUGAG